CCAGAACUUGAUAACAACACCAUCAAAGAGAAGUACAAUAAUUUUGAGUUUGAUUAUGUGCUUGGAAUCGAUCCAGGAGUUCGUACAUGGAACGCCACCGUUCGCAAACACGUUCGAUCCGGCAACGAGGAAAACAUCACAAUUGAUGGUCCAAAAUACCAUUUCAAAGCGAAAUAUAGCAAACGCAAGCGUAAAUCCGAUCAAUGGACUGAAUUGUUGCAAAAACAACGGGAGCUCGACUAUAAACGCUAUGCAUUUUUUCCAUCGCCGAAAGGACGUUCACAUUGGAUGUGUUACAUCGCUUAUUAUGUGAAAAUGAUGAAACCAGCUAUGGCGGUGUACACAACAAGAAAGUUUAUUCGACUCCGUCUUGAUAAAUACAUCGAAGAGAAUCGGGCCAGUGACAAAAUCGCGGCAUCACUGACGAAAAAAAAGUCGGCGCUCGUUUUUAUUGGUGCAGCUCAAAUAGCUCCAAACUCACCAAUUGGUAUUAAAAAGCGAUUGCGAUGCCCGGGAUUACGACGACUAUUGAACAGUUUCAAGAAGUUGGGGAAUUGUAUUGUACGAUUGGUCGACGAAUACAAUACAUCGCAAACUUGUGCAAAAUGUUUCCGGCCAUUCGAUCGACGAACCAAAAGCGAUCGAUACAAAGUUUGUCAGCAUUGUAUUCCAAGUGAAGAUGAGUCAUCGCAAUGGAAUUUACCGAACGUGAUUAUCACCAUGAAAAGCAACCGAGUGUACCAACAAUUGCGUAAAUAUGCAGUUGAUUUUGUUAAUCGAUUGAAUGCAGCCAACCCAGAUCAUAUUCCAAUCGAUUCAGAUGGUUUAGUGUCAAAACUUCAAGUAUGUUUCAAAAACUGGCAACUAAACACUGGCAUUUGGAAAGAUGAUCGAGCUCCAUUUCAAUUUAAAACCUACAAAGGUCUUUGUACGGUGUUGGGAUUGGACAUUCAUCCGCAACUAUUGAGACCACAGAAUCAAAAUGCUGCCGUACAAAAUCAAGCAGCUGACGAUGAGGAUUCCAGUGACGAUGAGGACUACGUUUAUGUUCUCGAUGUUUCCGAUGACGACCAGUUUUAAUUACAUGUAGCAUUAAGAUUUCUUUUUAAAUAAUAUUAUUGUAACGUUUUGUUACUAUGCUGGGCUUGAGUUUUGUGGCCUUGACCGAAGUACGGGCAGUUCGGUAUAUAAAAUAACUCGUAGGAAUAAUAAAACAAUAUCACAAUGAAAUA